AUGAGGGGGAGGACGAGAGGCUGUAAAAGCCUUUUUGAGUCAGUCAUAAGGGCUGGCAGUUAAAACUGCUCUUAAUCCAUCUUUAAGCCCCAAGAUGUGCUGAUGGGUGAAAACCAAAACAGCUUUGAGGGUUUAUUAAGUGGGCCAGUUGCCAUAGCGACGCUUUGGCAGGAUAUUGCCAGGAUAAGCCAUAAUGGGUCUCCUGACGCAGUUCACUCUGCUCCUGUGGAAGAACUUCACUCUACGGAAGAGAAAAAAGGUGCAGCUGGUCAUUGAAGUCCUGUGGCCUCUGUUUCUCUUCUUCAUACUGGUGUGGGUGCGGACCACUACCCAGCCAAUUUACAAAGGCCAGUGUCACUACCCAAAUAAAGCCAUGCCAUCAGCUGGCAUACUGCCCUGGAUUCAGGGUAUGGUGUGCACCAUUGAAAAUCCCUGUUUGCCUUAUCCAACUCCAGGAGAGACACCAGGCCAAGCCAAUAACUUUGACAAGUCCAUAAUUUCUGGGUUGUUGAUGGAGCUGCAGACUUCCCUGGUGGACAAAUCUAUUCUCAGCAGGGCACAGCUGCUAGCACAUAAUGUUGACCAGUGGGCUUCAGUUCUGUCACAGUCUAACCGUCCUAAUGUCAUCCUAAGGAGUGUUCUAAGAGACAAUGAAACCUUCUCCGCACAUCUGAAACAAAAUCUGUCGGUGCCACCAGCUGUGCUCGAAGGCCUCAUGAAUGCCCGGAUUCAGAUCAAUCCGAUGAUGGGCAUCCCGAGGCCAGGCAGCCUGAGGAGCAUCCUGUGUGAGGGGACAGAUCUGGAUGAGUAUGUCCAAUUUAGAAGCCAAGCUGAAAAGAAGGCUUUUCAGAAUGUCAGCUGCUCCCUGACUCCACAGCAGCUGAUUAACACCCAGCAAGUGCUCCUGCAAAACCUGGAUGCAAGGAAAGCGCUUUCUGAGUUACCCACUUCAUCAGCUUUGAAUGCAGCAGACACGACGACACUGAUGGGAACAACCGCAGCAAAUGCAUUACCAUUGAUUGAGGAGGUGGUCAGGUUGCAGAACUCCAUGGCCUUUAAGGCUGCUAGUUCAUUGGAUUUCCAAGAGGACAUAAUUGGCAGUAUCAAUAUGUUUCUGUGCGGAAAGCAGAGCGACUUCAUCACCAAUAUGACCCUCAGUUUACACUCACCCAGACAGAUGGCUAACAAGAAGUCAAUUUCCAUUACAGGCAACAGUUCAGAUGCUUUUUGUCAGACUCUUGUCGACACCCUGGAGAGCACACCUGGUCUGCGCUACAUUUGGAGCACCUUCAAGCCAUUAUUGCAAGGGAAAGUCCUCUACGCACCUGAUACACCUGCUGCUCGUCUCCUGGUGAAAGAAGCGAAUAGCACCUUCAACACCUUGGCCAUAUUAAGAGAACUUGCUGACUCUUGGGACGAACUUGGGCCCCGUGUUUGGGAUUUCCUACAAAAUAGCUCUCAAGUCAAUACAAUACGGGCUCUGCUGGCGAAUCCCGUGUUUGCUGCUGCCCUCAAUGAGCGUCCCGAUGGCAGAAAGUGGAUGGAGCAGCUGGCCAACUUCCUGUACAACGGGCCUCUGGAAAAUCGUCCACCCGGAAUGCCACCGUACAACUGGCGGAAUGUCUACAACUCCACCACUGAAAUCCUGAAGCUUCUCUCCACUUUCCUGGGUUGUUUAGAUCUGAAUAAGUUUGAGGCAGCACCAACUGAAGGCCACCUGGUGAACAGAGCGCUGGAUCUUCUAAGAAACGGUACUUUCUGGGCUGGCAUUGUCUUUGAAAACCUCCAGCCGAACUCCAGCCUCCCGCCUCCUUAUGUCAAGUACAAGAUCCGCAUGGACAUUGAUGAAGUCGAGCGUACCAGGAGAGUAAAAACAAGGUCAUGGUCUCCUGGAGCCAGAGACAACUCCUUUAACGACCUGCGCUAUAUAUGGGGAGGCUUCGCCUACCUGCAGGAUAUGAUGGACCAUGGCAUUAUACGGAUACAGACAUCAACAACCCAACCACUGGGUGUUUUUGCCCAGCAAAUGCCAUAUCCUUGCUUUGUGGAUGACGCCUUCAUUCAGAGUAUUGGAAGCAUUCUCCCCAUGUUCCUGAUACUCGCCUUCAUGCACAGUGUGUCCAUGAUCAUCAAAGGUUUGGUGCUGGAGAAGGAACUCCGGCUCAAGGAAGUGCUGCGUGCCGUUGGUGUGCAAAACAGUGCUCUUUGGUUUUCAAGGUUCACGGAGAACAUUGUUCUGCUAACAGUUCCCUGUGCACUCAUUAGUGUCAUGGUUAAGUACGGCAAAAUCCUCCAAUACAGCGACCCCUCUGUGAUCUUCGUCUUCCUGCUGGUGUUCUGCCUGGCCACCAUCAGUCAGUGCUUCUUCAUUAGCAUCUUCUUCUCUAAGGCCAACUUAGCAGCAGCGUGCGGUGGCCUCAUCUACUUUGUCCUCUACCUGCCGCACGUCCUCUGCUACGCCUGGAGGGACGUAAUGGGUUUCGGGGUCAAGGUCGCUGUGAGUUUACUGUCAUGUGUGGCAUUUGGAUACGGCUGUGAGACCUUUUCUAAAUAUGAGGAGCAAGGCAUUGGCAUUCAGUGGCACAACAUCGGCAAGAGUCCAGAAGAUGGGGAACGCUACACCUUCAUCAUAUCCAUCAUCAUGAUGGUUGUUGAUGCUCUUAUAUACUGGGUGCUCACCUGGUACAUUGAAAAUGUCUUUCCAGGUCAAUAUGGAAUCCCUAAGCCAUGGUGCUUCCCCUUCACCACAUCUUAUUGGCGUGGAGCAGCAUCCGUGACUGAUGAUAAGCCUGAUUUGCUUGCAGACUCCAAUAUACAUGACGAAUAUCUGGAGAAACCUCCACCUAACAUGAAAGCAGGUGUCUCAGUCCGCAAUCUUGUCAAAAUCUACAAGACUGGGAAGAAGCUCGCCGUGGAUGGACUGAGCGUGGACUUCUACGAGAACCAGAUCACAUCAUUUCUUGGCCACAAUGGAGCUGGAAAAACAACCACAAUGUCAAUUCUGACAGGACUGUUCCCACCUACGUCAGGGACGGCCCUCAUCAAUGGUUACGACAUUCGCGCUGACAUGGACUGUAUCCGGAAGUACUUGGGAAUGUGUCCGCAGCAUAAUGUAUUAUUCAAUGAGCUGACAGUGGAAGAACACAUUUACUUCUAUGCCCGGCUGAAAGGACGCAGUCGCAAAGAGGUUAAAACUGAGAUGGACCAGAUAAUUAAGGAUGUUGGUUUGCCACAUAAACGGAAAGAGCUUGCUAAGAACCUGUCAGGUGGCAUGCAGAGAAAGCUGUCGGUGGCCAUAGCAUUUGUCGGGGGCUCAAAAAUCGUCAUUUUAGAUGAACCUACGGCAGGAGUGGACCCCUAUGCCCGCAGGGGUAUCUGGGAGCUGCUGUUAAAGUACAAACAAGGCCGCACCAUCAUUUUGUCCACGCACCACAUGGAUGAGGCAGACAUCUUAGGAGAUCGCAUUGCCAUCAUCUCCCACGGCAAGAUGCGCUGCUGCGGCUCUUCCCUCUUUCUGAAGAAAUGCUUUGGCAGCGGUUACUACCUCACGCUGGUCAGAGAUGGGACUGAAAAGAUGACGGCUCAGCGUAACGGCAUCAUCUGUCAGACCAAAGAGGGAAAGACAGAGGCAGACUGUCCUUUGAGCAGCAGCCCAGAUGAAGGAAUUGGCAGCCAAAGCUGGAACAACUCUGAUCCAUCAGCAAAUUUGACAGCACUGGGUCAGCUUGUGCGAUGCCACGUUCCUGGGGCGGUCUUCUUGGAAAGCAUUGGUCAGGAGAUCACCUUCAUCCUGCCCUAUGGAGGAGCCAAAGAUGGGACUUUUGCCGCGCUCUUCCGAGAGCUCGACUUAGCCAUGGCUGACCUUGGCCUGACCAGCUAUGGCAUCUCUGACACCACGCUGGAGGAGAUAUUUCUUAAAGUGGCAGAAGAUACCGGCGUGGAUGCAGAUACACCACCAACAAAGGAGCUGUUUGUGAGAGACAGCAAAAGAAGCUCCCGCGAAUCCAAGAGGAACAGCAUUGCCAGCGUCCACUCCAGAACAGAACAAAUCACUCAACUGAGGGAAAAGUUCACGAGUAAAGUUGAAGACAUAAGGAAGAACCCCAGUGUCAGUGGGAGGGGAUCCGCGGUCAUCACCGGAUGGAAGCUGAUCAGACAGCAGUUCCUGGCACUCUUUAUUAAGCGCUUCCACCACGCCCGAAGGAGCCGCAAAGGACUCAUUGCCCAGGUGGUCUUGCCUGCUGUUUUUGUGUGCCUGUCUCUGAUCUUCUCCCUCAUCGUCCCACCAUUCACCGAGUAUCCAAGGCUGGAGCUGCAACCCUGGAUGUAUGGCCUACCUCAAACCACCUUUUAUAGCAACGAUGGACCGGGAAACACGGAGGUGUCCCAGGUGGUGGAAAGCUUGGUGAACAACCCUGGCUUUGGGACACGCUGCAUGAAUGGAAACCCUAUACCGAAUUUACCUUGUUCCUCCAGGAAGGAUGAUUGGUUCACUCCCUCAGUGGAUCAGUCAGUCACUGACAUCUUUCUGAAUGGAAACUGGAGCAUGUCUAACCCCUCCCCUGACUGCGAGUGCAGCACUCCUAAACGGACAAUGAUGUUACCUGACUGUCCGCCUGGUGCGGGCGGUCUCCCUCCACCACAGAGGAUACAGAACACAACAGACACUUUGCUGAAUUUAACCGGACGGAAUAUGACGGACUUCUUGGUCAAGACUUUUGAGAAGUCCGGUAAAACCAGGUACGGAGGGAUCUCUGUCGGAGCAAUCAACUCCCAAGUUCGUCUGACGGAGGCAGCAAUCACGGCUGCAUUCAGAGAUCUAAAAGGCCUAUUCGGUUCAGUUCAGGAUAAUGUGACUGAUCAGACUUUCCAGAGGACUGAGAGACUGCUCAAGAAGCUGGGAACCCGGAACAACGUGAAGGUGUGGUUCUACAACCAGGCGUGGCAUGGCAUGGUGUCCUUCCUCAGCGUGGCCAACAACGGCAUCCUGAGAGGAAAUCUGCCAGCAGGAAAGGAUCCGUGCCAGUAUGGCAUCUCCAUUUCCAAUCACCCCCUCAACCUCACCAAAGAGCAGCUCUCCGAUGCGGCCAUGGCCACAACCUCCACUGACGUUGUGGUGUCCAUCUGCGUUAUCUUUGCCAUGUCCUUCAUCCCUGCCAGCUUCGUCCUCUUCCUAAUCCAAGAGAGGGUGAACAAAGCCAAGCAUCUGCAAUUUGUCAGUGGAGUAAACCCAGCUGUCUACUGGUUGGCCAAUUUUGCCUGGGACAUGUGUAACUACAUCAUCCCCUGCUUCAUUGUGAUUGUGAUCUUCCUCGCCUUCCAACAACAAGCCUAUGUUUCCCCUCCUAACCUACCAGCUUUGGUUCUCUUGCUUAUUUUUUAUGGCUGGUCUAUCACGCCUAUGAUGUACCCGUUCUCCUUCAUCUUCAGCGUGCCCAGCACAGCUUACGUGGCGCUGACCUGCAUCAACCUCUUCAUUGGGAUUAACAGCAGCGUGGCCACCUUUAUCAUGGAGCUCUUCAAUGAUGAGAAUAUCACCCACAUCAACAACAUAGUGAAGCAGGUGCUGCUGAUAUUCCCACAUUUCUGUCUGGGCAGGGGGCUAAUUGACAUGGCCAAGAACCAGGCAAUGGCCACACUCUUCAGCAAUUUUGGGGAAGACCGUUUCAAGGACCCGCUGAGCUGGGAAAUGGUGGGAAAGAACCUUUGCGCCAUGUCCAUCCAGGGAAUUGUCAUGUUUGCCAUAACACUCCUCAUCCAGUAUAAAUUCUUUUGCAAACCAAGACUUAUUUCAGGAAAGUCACUGCCUGCAGAGGAAGAGGAUAUUGAUGUUGCCAGGGAACGAGUGCGGGUGUAUGAAGGCAAAGCCCAGAGUGACCUUCUGAGAAUCUGUGACCUCACUAAGGUAUACCCUCGGAAGAGCACCCCUGCUGUGGACAGGCUAUGUGUGGGCGUUCCUGCUGCAGAGUGUUUUGGCUUGCUGGGAAUCAACGGAGCCGGGAAAACCACCACGUUCAAGAUGCUGACAGGAGACAUCCCAGUCUCCAGUGGAGAGGCCUUCCUAAAUGGAUACAGCAUACGAGCUGAAAUGAGGGCUGUUCACCAGAACAUGGGCUAUUGCCCCCAGUUUGAUGCUCUCAAUGAACUGCUGACUGGACGAGAGCAUCUGGAAUUUUACGCUCGGCUACGAGGGGUACUGGCAAAAGAGGUCACCAUGGUGGCCGAGUGGGGGAUCCAGAAGUUGGGGCUGGUCAAUUAUUCAAACAAGCCAGCAGGAACGUACAGCGGUGGGAACAAGCGCAAACUUUCUACAGCGAUAGCCCUGAUCGGUUGUCCUCCAGUGAUUUUUCUGGAUGAGCCAACCACCGGGAUGGACCCCAAAGCCCGGCGCUUCCUGUGGGACUGCAUCCUGAGCGUCAUCAAAGAGGGACGCUCAGUCAUUCUCACAUCACACAGUAUGGAGGAGUGUGAAGCAUUAUGCACCCGCAUGGCCAUCAUGGUAAAUGGUCGCUUCAAGUGCCUUGGGAGCAUCCAGCAUCUGAAGAGCAGAUUUGGUGAUGGCUACACGGUGAUUGUGAGGGUGGGUGGCUCCGCUCCUGCACUGAAGCCAGUCGAGGACUUUGUCCAGCAGACCUUUCCCGGCAGUGUUCUCAAAGAGAAGCAUCACAACACACUGCAGUAUCAGCUCCCAUAUGCACAGGGAGCUUUGGCCAAUAUCUUCAGCCAGUUUACCAGCCAUCAGCAGAGCCUGUGUGUGGAGGACUACUCGGUGUCCCAGACAACUUUGGAUCAGGUAUUUGUGAAUUUUGCAAUGCAGCAGCAUGGCGAAGAGGACUCUGAGGCCUACAGCAACCCAGUGGACAUUUCAGAUGAGCUGCCGUUGGAGUAUGUGAAGACCUCCCAAGAAGCAAAAAGAGUGUAAAGCCCAUAGAAGAAGAGCCGCACUUCACUUUAAAAUGUUUGAGCAUCAUUUGCACUGGCAACAAAAAUGGGUUGCUAACUGAACUUGGGUUUAAUUACUAAAGCAUAAGCCUGCCUUUCAGAUUUAU